GACAGGGGCACACAAGACGACCACACUCUACAGCCAAACCCUAAUUGUGUGUGCGUGUGUCUGCAUUUUUUCCCCUGACAUGAAGAAGAAGAAAACCAAGUUACCAUGUGGCGCUGUUGGAUGCCCUUCCUCUUGGCCUGGGUGUCCAUGGCAACCCCAAUACUCUGCCAAAGUGGAGAUUGGGGUUCAGGCUUUGACAUCUCCUCGGCUGUAAUGGCCACCAAUGACACAUCUCAGGCAGUUGGUGAUGAGCCUGUGAGGAUAAGAAACAAUCAGGACUGGAUCACAUCAUCAGCUUUCUCACCAUCACCCUCACCCUCACCAACGCUGCAGUAUGAGCCUCAACCGGACAAGUGCUCGGUCCACUUCAGCACCAACGCUGCUACGGCUCGAAGGCUGAAGGCCCAGAAAGAGGAGAUAUCCUAUCUGCAGGCCAUCCAGCAUGGGAACAAGGCAGUGAUGGAGAACUUGGUGGAGUUUGUGGGGGCAGAGGUGGGGGAUCAGAGCUAUGAAGAUGUGAUUAAGGAAAAUGUAAUUGGCAUCCAAGAGGACCACAAGAGUUGCCACGAGGUGGUAGAGAAAGCUGAAGAUGAUAUGGAAAAGCAGCUGGAGGGGGAAGUGUUGGGCGCUGGGAUGCAGAAAAUCAGGGACGAGUCCUUGGCCUUGGAAGACAUGGUCCGUGCUGCAGUGGACAUCGCCAACAGGCUGGACAUCUCCUCACAGGCCCUGCAUGCUUCAUUCACCAAGCAGCUGAAAGACAUUGCCAAAAUUCAUCGCUAAGAACGCGGUGAAAAGAAUUGCUGUGUGUAUGUCAUCCCUCCAACUCGGUGAUGAUGUUUUGGUAACCUUUGUGAGACCCAACAUAAGGGAAGAAAUUGGUGUUCUAUAUUUUAAAUGAAUUUAACUGUAUGAGGAAUCAACAUGGUUUAAAAGAUGACAUAAGUUGAGGGAACACAGCAAAAAACAAUUGUUGAGUAAAAAAAAAACAAGUUUCCUUUUCACUGAAGUCAAAUCCUAUAACCCAUAAAAUAGUAUUUUUCCAUCCAGCCAUUAUUUGUGGAAUUGCGUAAGGUCGAAUGUGGUAACAGUAUGUGGUGCAGGUUUAAGCCAAGUUGAGUGUUUAUGGAUCAAACUAGAUUGGCCAUCAGAGACCAAACAUAAUGGCUCGGCUGGUCUUCUCCAGAAGAAGCUAUAGAUCGGCCAUCUGGUUCCAGGGUGAGGACGGAGGGCAGGAUACGUUUAGGAUGACUAGUGUGUUCCAAUGGACAUAAAAAUAAAAAAUAAAAAUAAAAAGGACAAGACUGCAACCGGGACCGCAUUGUUAUAAAGUAUUGUCAUCUGUUGUUGUCAUCUGUUGCCGAAAACAAUGCAAUAACCUACGGAUGAGGGACGAGAUAUUGUUUAAACAAUUUGACAAUUCCUGAUUGUGAUUAGGAAGAAAUAAGCAGGAAACACACCAUAUAAAAACGCAAUAAAGCUCUUUAAAAGUAGCACCACUGAAUCUGAACAUUGUUUUAAAAAGGAAUACCUGUGAGCUUUCACAUAAAAUGUAAACCUUAGGAUCAGAAAAACCUCUGUGGGUGUCUCAGCUGGAUUCACCCGUUCAAAUGUGAGAAACACACUUUUGUUGUGUAUCCAGCUCUAUUGUGCUAUUCUCUCUCUAACCCUGCCAGGACUUGUGAGAGAGAAUGCUUUCAAUCAUGUUUGAAAUCAUUUUUUUUUUAAAGUGCAAUAUAUGUGUGUACAAUGUAUGAGAGAAACAUGCUUUAUCCAGUA